AGGAGGGAACAGGGGGCUGAGCUGAUCCCACGUGUGACGCUGUCGUUCCCGGCUCAGUAAUAUUCUCAUAGCGGGGCUUUGCAUAUCUCCUGCCUGGCACUGUGUCUCUCACUCUCACGGUAGUCCCAGCCGAUAGUUUUUUUGGAAUAGCUAUGGAAGGAGACGGGAGUCAAGCCACAUCCGGAAGCCUAAAUGACUCACACCAUGACCCCGGUAAAAUGUUUAUCGGUGGUCUCAGCUGGCAAACCUCUCCAGACAGCCUUCGAGACUAUUUUAGCAAAUUUGGAGAGAUACGAGAAUGUAUGGUGAUGAGAGACCCCACGACGAAACGCUCAAGAGGAUUUGGAUUUGUUACAUUUACAGAUGCUGCCAGCGUAGAUAAAGUCUUAGCUCAACAACACCACGAAUUAGACUCAAAGACGAUUGAUCCUAAGGUUGCCUUUCCACGUCGCGCCCAGCCUAAGAUGGUCACAAGAACAAAGAAAAUAUUUGUUGGUGGCCUUUCAGCCAAUACAGUAGUGGAAGAUGUGAAGCAGUAUUUUGAACAGUUUGGGAAGGUGGAUGACGCCAUGCUUAUGUUUGAUAAGACUACGAACAGACAUAGAGGAUUUGGUUUCAUAACUUUUGAGAGUGAAGACAUCGUUGAGAAAGUCUGUGACAUUCAUUUUCAUGAAAUCAAUAAUAAAAUGGUAGAAUGUAAGAAGGCCCAGCCCAAGGAGGUGAUGUUCCCUCCAGGAACACGAGGGCGAGCCAGGGGUCUGCCCUACACCAUGGAUGCCUUCAUGUUGGGAAUGGGCAUGCUGAGUUACCCGAAUAUUGUGGCCACGUAUGGCCGUGGAUACACUGGAUUCGCACCCAGCUACAGUUACCAGUUUCCUGGCUUCCCAGCGACAGCAUACGGACCGGUGGCGGCGGCGGCAGUAGCAGCAGCAGCGCGUGGCUCAGGUAGGGGGGCCCGUGGAAGAGGCGGCUACUUGGCGUACCCACAGAGCACAGGGCCAGACAUAGUCACCCAAGCUCCCAUGUGCUCUCUCGCCAACAUUUACAAGAACUUACUGUAGACCGGUGCACAGGUAGUGCUAGGCUAUCAUUGAGUUAUUUGCACACCAAGGGUGCAGGACUGUGAAGGAAUGGGCUGCUUGAGGUGACGUCAUGGGACUGAAUUCAAUUUGACUAAUCAAACAUAAUGUACCCAAAAUCUAUCGAGAAAUCAAAGCCGAACGCAAAUGUCCUCCACCUUAAAAACAAAAGGUUACACUUACUUAACAUUUGAAGAUGCGGGAAUUGAUUAGUAGCUUUCAGUAGUUUUUUGCAGUUAACAUUUGAAUAUGUAUGAUUCACAAAAAUAAGUCCAAAUUCAAGGGAGCUAACUUUAAUGAUCUAUUGCAGUGGUUCUCCAACUUUUUUCACCAUGUACCACUUCAGAAAACACUUGGCUCUCCAAGUACCUCCACGAUGACCGACAUAAAAAUAUAGUAGCAUAGUAAGCUUAAAUAUUCAUUAAAACAAGGCAGAAGUUUUAUUUAACAAGUAUAUUUGAUUAUUUGCUGACUGUAACUUUAUGAAAAGUUUGAACAGUAACACUGUGUUUGAAUAUAGGAAAAUAAACUAUGUACCGCCCAUGUCCUAAUAGCCGACCGGGGUCUGACCCCAUUUUGUGAAUUAACCACCUCUUCCUUAUAACCGCCUAUGUCCAAAUAGAGGCUGUUAUUCGCAUAAUUUAGAUUAAAAUCAUAUUGAUUUCAUUAAGCCCAAUUUAUAAGCUAAAAUGAAAAGCAAAGGUGCAGUAAUUCUGGUUAUUACAGUAACAGCAGACGCGUGGAGUCCAGGGAGCUACAUGACAAUCAAAGGCUUAACGAAAUCUGUGCCGUGAUGGUUUACGUUAUGUGGGUAUUCUGGGUAAUCAACAUAUUGCAAUGGGUCACCGCAUAUAGCGUAAAACACACUCAACGACAACAACAAACCCACGAGGAAAAGUUUCAACAUGACAAACAACAGUAGCAGUGAGUUGAAUGAACAGAAUAGCGGUACACCACACCUGAUGGACGGGAAUACUUUAAGGGGGAAGAAAAACUGAAAGUUUGACUUAAAGUUCAAGCCAGCGGAGCAGAAUUCUGGUUUGGCAGCAGCCAGGCAGUUUAACGUUGACCCUAAACGUGUAUGAGAAUGGAAGAAAAAAAAGGGAGAACUACUAUCUCAGUUGGCAACCAAUGUAAAACGGGCUCGCUUAACUGGUGGAGGUAGGAAGAAAGUGAGCGACAAGCUUGAUGCUAAUUUGUGUCAGUGGAUACAUUACGUUCGUGGACUGAACCACCGUGUGUCCCUUAAAAUGAUCUGCGUUAAGGCCAAGGAGUUGUAUGCCACCGUGAGUGACACGAGAGACACUGGGGUGGUGUUUGGUGCAACGAGUGGCUGGCUUAAUCGAUUCCUGCGUCGGAACAACUUUACCCUCAGGAGGAGAACAACUGGACAGUAACCAUUGUAACCAAAUAAUGGCCUGGUGCAGGCUGGUGCAGAAAUAAAUCAAAGCCUUGUGCAAAUAACCGCCUGCUUCUUUUAAACGCCCGUCUCUAAAAUCAAUUUUGUGAAAUAAACGCCCAGGCUAAUAUUUGGUGAUAUACGGUAGUUAAAUAAUGAAUCAAAUAAAAUUAAUUUCUUAAAUUAUACGAUACCACUAGAUGGAGCCCAUAUACCACUACUGGUACACGGAUCACAGUUUGAGAAUCACUUAUCUACCGUAAUAUCAAUCCACCCAUCCUUUAUACCACAUUUGCCUGCUAACUUUGGGCGAAGGGUGGACUGCACUCUGGACUAGUAGCUAAGUGGUAGUAAUAUUGUUUUUUUUAGGACAGUGGAACCUCGAUUUACAAACGUAGUUGGUUCUUAAACAGGGUCCAAAAUAGAAUUGUUUGUUUAUGCAAGCAAAUUUCUCCAUAAGAAACAAUGUAAAUAUGGGUAUAAUGGGUUCCAGCCAUGACAAAAAUCCAUAUUUUGGUAAAGGUGUUUGCACUUUAAACAUAAUAUAAAAUGUUGUAUGGUACUGUAUAUCAAACAAAUAUAACAAGGGGUGAUGGAUUAAGUUUAAGAUGAAUAACAAAGUCAGAACAAACACGAGCUGAAUUGUCCUCAUUUCCAGCCACACUGCCGACACGCACACACACACUCUCACUAACCCUGUGAUGGACUCCCAGAAAUCAUAAACGUCCUUAGCUUUAUCAGUCAGGCUGGUAUAAAAAUUUCUAAUUAGAAAUAAAAUCCACUUUAUCUUUACCUUUAUUUACUUGGUUUUCUGCCUAAAUAGGUGGGAGGUAUUGUCAGCAAAGCUGUGGAUACUUCCUGAAUGUUUCAAACCACACAUCGCUUGUCCAUUGCUUUCGUUGGACUCAUGAUGAGCUAUCAAAACAAGCAAGAUGUUGUAAAACAGCUAAAAAACACUUAAAAGGCACAUAAAGUGGCAAUUGGCUUAAUAAGCCCGCCCACAAUGGUUGUGCUGCAGGUACACAAUGGAGGAUGAAAGGUGUGUGCAUGGAGACAAGGUUCCUACAUCAAAGCAUUGUUUUAUUCGGUCUGUGGGUACUAAAUCAAAAAAGUUUGUACAAAUGAAGGGUUCAAAAAUCGAGGUUCCACUGUACAGUCAAACAAGGUUAACUGUACCGGCAAUGUUUAAGUUACAUUGUCUUUGCUCAUUUAAGUGUAAAAAGAGGUUACCCACUGUUAAUCUUACUGUACACAGCUGUGGACUCACACAAUGUGCAUAGUUAUCACAUGCUUGACAACAGAUCCAUCUCCAUGCUCAUAUUCCCCUUAAAAUGUGCUUUGAACUGUAAGUGCAUGAUCUGGAUAAACAGUGUCUCCUGGUAUAGAAAAUGGUGGAAUACCCCUACAAAACUUGAAUAGGUUAACUUUGUUUGUGUCGGGAUCGACUUUUGCCGGACGGAGUAGGACCCCAAUGCAGAAAAUAAAUAAUAAAAAUAAUAACAAAAAGCGUACUCAAAAAGGAGUGAGGAAAAACAUGUACACAAUAGGUUUGGCAAAAUGGAAAAUGGGCACCAAAGGUGUGGAGAGGAAACAGUUAACACAGACAAGGGUCAUAGAAAUGAGAAGUGUGAGUGGAGCCAGAGCAGAGGAGAUGAACACAACUCGAAGGGUGAACCAUCAGGAAUCUACUGGCACCGAGUGAUUGGACUAUUUAAGUAAUCAGGGGGAAAUCUGUAACAGGUGUUUGUGAACGUGGCUCCGCCACCUGACCCGAAAACCAGGCACUGCAACAAAAAGUAGACAGGCGGCAGCAGAGCUUCCAGAUCAUGACAGGUUGCAGUGUGGUUGGACAAGAACAGCAUGUACUUGUUUUUAAGUAAAUACUCAACUUAAAUGAACAUAUCUAUUUUUUCUGUGGAAAACAUUUUCCAAUUUGAUAAAUUUGUUCACUUCGCUGUCUGGACUCUUAUUUCUUAAACACCGCUUAAGAAACCUGACAACUAUACACAGGCAGCUUCAGCGGAUGAGUAGGCCUUCCUUUUCAAAUCCAUCUGUCAAAUUAAAGACAUAACUGAUUUGCAAACUGAUAGCAGAUCUCUUUGCUUUUGUUGCUUUUGUUAGAGUAGCAUGAAUUGAGAAGAAACUUUUGCAGCACCAAGCUAUGUUAUGCUCAAGAGAUCAGCUUCUUAGAUAAGUGAGAAUUCAAAUAUUACUGUUAUAAUAAUUCAUUGGAACCUGUAUGGCAGUGCGGCAUUGGGCCCUCCAAAGAUUGUAAAAAUAAAUUGAAUUGAUUAUUGGUAAGAUGCAGUGUUCAUUUUGACAGCGUUUUUUAAAUGUAGCUUUUGUCUGUGCAAAUGUAUUUCAGUUUUACUCAUAUUUUAGUCAUAUUCAUUGAUUUAUUUUAAAAUUGCAGUAAAGUUGUUCUACUAAAAUAUAAAUGCGAAAGAAUAAUGCAUCUUUGAAGUUGUGAAUGAUACCACUUUUGUUAGGUUUAUUACAGUUAUUGUACAACAUAUUAAAUCAACAUUGCAUUACUUAGCAAAUAGAGAUUAAUUUCAAUAAAUCUGAGUGUGAUUCAUCUCCUUAUUCCAAUAUCAAUUGAGACUAAGAGACUGAUUAAAGACUUUGAAUUUUUUUAAAUAUUAAAUAAUAAAUAUUUUAUUUCUGAACAUGCAUUCAAUAGAGUGUAGUAUGCAAUGGAGCAGAUGUACCACCAUUUUAUCAAGCCAACGGGCUGGGUAGAGCUAGGUGCAUUGCUGGGUACAAUAUAUUUAAAUGCUCUGAGCGGAGUGUAAAAUGUGAUGAUGCGUAGUGCAUAUACUUUAAUAAAAUAACUGUAUUCAUUUACUAGGAAAUAUUGGAAGUGGAACAAAAACAUGGAAGUGUAAGUAUUUUUUGCUACAAUACUGUGUUACGUUAUUAGCAUUCACAAAGUUGUAUACAUGAACUUUUGGCAGAUUUGGAGUGCAUAGCUUAGAGAAAUCAUAAUAUAGCUCUUAUGUUCAAUAACGCCAUAACUAUUUUCCAUUUCAUCAUUAAAUGUAAUGUCAACAUUUUUUCAUGUAGAUCUAUUUUUUACCAAACCAUACCAAACCAACUUUAUUUAUAAAGCCCUUUAAAAACAACCAAAGUUGAAAAACAAAUGGCUGUAUACUACAAACAAAUAAACACUCAAAAAGCAGAAAAAUACAGGCAAAGGACAGAUUGAAAUGUAUCAAUUAAAACAGAGGUAAAAUACACACACACACGCA